AUGGUUGCAGAUAUAAAGGGCAGUGAACUUGACAAGUAUUCUUGGAGUUAAGCUUGUGGUAUUGGCAGCUCAAGAAUGGACAGGAAGCAUGGAAAAUAUGUAGUGAAUGUCGAACCUUCAGAAAACCAGCCGUCAAUCACAUGUUCAAAGGACCAAGAAGUCCACAGCACGACACGCCAGUGUCCACCUUCAAGCAACAUAACCAGUGAUGUUUCCUCCAAUUUAACCGGGAUCUGCGUGAGCCCAGGAGUACUUACACAUUCAAGAUGUCUCCAACCAAAGUUACCCACCACACAGGUGAAAGCCAGUUGCUGCAACGACUGGUCUCUGUGGAAAGUGUUCCUGGCUUGUGUCUUAGCCUGUGUGAUAACAACAGCCAUCGGGGUGCUCAUCGUAUGCCUGGUCAACAGGAAAGGACAUGACGCUUCCUUCGUUGUUAUCCAGCUACCCACAAACAACGGACAACCUGUGGUGAUUGUACCUGGAACAGCCUCUACUACUUCUCAGCCCACAGGGGCCACCACCUCUACGGGGUCUACCAAUACCACGCCUGGAACUACAACCACAAGAGCCACAGCCGUCACUUCAAUGCAACCUACAGCCUCCACAACUUCGGCUCAACCGACACCCACAACUGCCACUGCCACAACUUCAGGUGAAUCCACAACCGCCACCCCGUCGACAGAGUCUACAGCAACUGCAGCCAUCAGUUCAAGUGCAACUGCAGCCUCUAACACUUCAACUCAACUUGCAGCCACAACCGUUGCCUCUACCACUUUGAAUGAACCACACCCGCCACCACCUUGA